AUGGAUUACAGAGAUAGAUUUUGUAUUACAUAUCUCACCAUUUCUUUCUUCUUACCUUCUUUCUUUUUUCAGGUUACCUGUGCAAAUUUAACAAAUGGAGGAAAAACAGAACUUCUAAAAUCAGGAAGCUCCAAAUCCACACUAAAGCACAUAUGGACAGAAAGUAGCAAAGACUUGUCCAUCAGCCGACUGCUGUCACAGACUUUUCAUGGAAAGGAAAAUGAUACAGAUUUGGACCUGCGAUACGAUGCCCCAGAAACUUAUUCUGAGCAAGAUCUCUGGGACUGGCUGAGGAACUCCACAGACCUGCAAGAGCCUCGGCCCAGAGCAAAGAGACGGCCCAUCGUCAAGACUGGGAAAUUUAAGAAAAUGUUUGGCUGGGGCGAUUUUCAUUCCAACAUCAAGACUGUGAAGCUAAAUCUGUUAAUAACGGGGAAAAUCGUUGACCAUGGCAAUGGGACGUUUAGUGUUUACUUCAGGCAUAACUCCACUGGUCAAGGGAAUGUAUCUGUGAGCCUAGUGCCCCCUACAAAAAUAGUGGAAUUUGACUUGGCACAACAGACGGUGAUUGAUGCCAAAGAUUCCAAGUCCUUUAACUGUCGAAUUGAGUAUGAAAAGGUUGACAAGGCUACCAAGAACACACUCUGCAACUAUGAUCCUUCAAAAACCUGUUACCAGGAGCAGACCCAGAGCCAUGUGUCAUGGCUCUGCUCUAAGCCCUUUAAAGUAAUCUGUAUUUACAUUUCCUUUUAUAGUACAGAUUAUAAACUAGUACAGAAGGUGUGUCCUGAUUACAACUACCACAGUGACACACCCUACUUCCCAUCAGGGUGAGGACCAACACGUAUCUGAGACUGAAGCCUGGGGAAUAAAAGAGGUCAUAUGACAGGGCUGUAACCUCAAGGAGGAAGGUCACAUCUAUUGCCUGGAAUGUGUCUACCUGCUGCUGAUGAUGUCAAAUGGCUACAAAUAUGUUAGUGGAAAACAAUCUAAUGUAAUUUUUUCCCAGACAGCUCCAUGUAUCAAUCUAGUUGUAAAUCACUAUGGAUUUGAAAUAAAACCAUACACAUACACAGAGACACACACUCUUUUAAGCUCACAUAUGUUGAGAUUCCUGUUAAGAGAGCUUUCAUUGUCUGAUAUCUAAGGUUUCAGGAUAACUUAUCAUCAAGCAAAAUGGAUUAACUAGACAGAGAAUGGUUUCUAACACAGACUGUUAUGGAAAUCUCUUUGAAAGUUCUUUGAGUAUACUCCAAUCAAUAAUCCCCACUCACGCAUUCUACUACUUGGAGUAGCUGUACUGGUAAAUAAUACUGCAGGAGUAAAUACUUGUUAAAAUGGGAAAAAUAUAUGUCUGGAGUUCAGUAUUCUUUAUCAUAUGAACACAGCAAAGCAUCAUGACUUUUUUCCAGCAAACAGUAGGCACAUUCGAGGUGGUGUUAGGUGGCUCUUUUUCCAUGGAGUGAGCCUGUUACUAGUAAAGAUGGGCAAACAUUUGGAAUUUACAUGUGGGCAGACAUUCUGGUUUCAUGUUUCUCUGACUCUUAAGCUCUGAUUCUUUAGACCUGGUUGAGUUUAGGCCAGCUAAGCUACUUAAAAGCUCUCCAACUGAUCUCUAAGAAGGAAAAUGCUUGACGGAGAACAUACUGAACCACUGUUAUUUCAACUUAUGUCUGUGUCAUCCUUCCACCAUGUACCUCUGUGAAGAGCCCUUUUUGAUGCCCUCCUUGUAGGUUUUGGCAUUCAGGUUCCCCCAGAAUCCACCUCUUCUCCAGGCUGAACAAGCUCAGUUCCUUUUGUGGCAAGACCUCUUGUUUUGAAUAUGCAGAUGCACAUAGAGACUGGAGUUAUAUAUAUAACUUGCUAUAUGCCCCGCUUAGGUGUUAACAUUUUUUGAACCUGGAAUCUGCCAAAGAUCCUUGAUUAAGAACAUCAUACCACAUGAUACCACAUUUCUGAAGAUCAAAAGCAAUGUCAUGUCCUUAACUGAUGUAGAUUUUCAUAUCUUCAAGAUAUAUCAGUAGUAGUAUUCUGCUUCACACCAGCUGAGAGUCCAGCUGCUGCUUCUUCAUGAUCACAUAAGAUCUGACCAAAACACUUGUCUAAUUCUUAUUCAAAACCAAAUGUGCAGUAUGUUAGAGAUGAACUGAGACUAGAUUAUGCUUCAGGCACCUAGAGUUGUCUUUUCUUGCUGCUAAACAUUCUCUUUACUCAUUAACACUACAAACAGUGUGGACUUGUCAUGCUUUUUUACCUCGCUGCCACAAAUUUUUCAUUGUAAAAGGUGAUAUUACAGCAGUACAGAUGUCACAGAGUAUGCUAGUCAGUAAAGAGCCGUUUUGUUAUUUCUUUUCCAUAAAUCUGUUUUAUAGGACAACACUUAGGAAUUAUGUAAUUCAAGAUGCUAGCAGUUAUUGGUUCUGGGAUUGUUUUGAUGUUUAAAUGACAAUUUCAUUUCCUCAAAAUUUUGAUGUACUCAGUCACAGUAUACUGCGACUUAAGUAGACUGAGGUCUCAGUCCUCCUUACAUUAAUAUUUUGUCACUGCUUUCCAUGGGAACAGGGUUAGACUUUGAUUCAGAUGGGAUUUUUAAAAGGAAAUCUGACUCCUAGGUUUGACAGAGACACAUAAAGUCCUGGAAUUCAGUAGCCAGGGAAAUUAAGAUCUGUUGUAUUCUCACCUGAUAAUAUUGAGCCUUAAAUUCCGGAUUUUGUACAGCAGAAUAGAAGCAAAAGUGCUUGGCAGUGGAGACUGACUUCUGUGCUAUACAUGCCAACUAUAUCUCAACUUUAUGUUUACAUCUGUAUUACUUUAAAAAAUAUUAGUUUCUGUUCCUCCAAGGCCCAUUUGUAAGUGUGUGCUAUAGGAUAUACCUUAUAUUAGCAAUUAUAUCCUUGGCUAAUCCUCAAAAAGGGUAGAAAAUUACUUAAAAAUUAGUGACCUUAAAUUUGCCCCUCCAAUUGCAUUCUCUAUGACAUUUUAGUCUAGUACUAUAUUUAUAUCCUCUUUUUGAUUUUAAGUUUUUUUGCUAUAUCGUAUUUUAAGUUUAAUCAAAAGUCAACUUAGAAAGGCCAUUCUGCCUAAGGGAUAUUUUUCCAUUAAGUAUUUGACAUAUUGGUGGCCUUGAGGGAUUAUUGGUUUUUGAAGAAAUAUUAACAGCUGGAAAUUUGCAUUUUAAUACAGUUCUCCUCAACUACUCAAGCAAUUUUAUUUUUAAGACCUGUGACAGGCUUCAAAGCCUUAGUUCUAAAGCAAUCUUGCCAAGUAGUAGCUAACAUAAUUUUACUACAAAUGAUUAAGUUUCCUAAUAGGUUUUCCUUUUCAAAAUCUUGUUUGAGGUGUCUGUGAAAUCAAUACCUAAACUUUGUGAUUUGUACUAGAACUAGCAUUGCUAAUUUGGCUGAACUAGAGGGAACUGAAAAGAAACUUCUCCUUAAAAUUCUCAAACCCAAACUAAAAAUAAAGUGAAAACUGACUCAAACAUCACAGUUUGUACCAUAAUUAUGUUCUCUAAAUCUAAGGAGGAUGAGGACAUUGGUAAAUGUUUAUCCUUGACGAUUUUGUUAAACUUAUGACUAUACAAUAGGCUAUCAUAAACAUUUGUGUUGUUUACUGAUAUCUGAGGCUUUUAGGUGAAUUGGAUGCAGAAAGAGGCACUUAUAGUAAAAUUGGAACAGACUGCACACUAUGGAACCGCUCAUACCGUCAGUAUGCAUGCGGUGUCUGCCCCAGCUGCCAUUCAAGUGGAAAUGUCUAUUGACUUCAUGCACUUUAUGUCAACCCAACAAAGAACUUAUAAGUCAGUGACAGUUUUGAAAAUGAGUUGGACUGAGUUAAUCUUUUCUGACAUGUUAGCAUUUCUGGUUGAAAUUAAACAGACCCAGUUUGAUGAAAUAAUCAUACAUUAGAGAAUGAUAGAUUAGUUUUGAGAAUGAGAUUACAGGGCAAAAUUUGGAUGAUAUAGGAGUUUAGCUAAACCAUUGAAUUUUAGAAUAUAGUUAAACCACUGCUGGUUGCAGUUGCAGAAUGGAGAAAAAAGGCACUAGCUGGGAGAAACUGUUGCCAAAGUAUUCAUUAUAUCAUCAAGUCUACUGUAAUUAUCAUUUUCAAUGAACUCUUUUCAGAGGAAAAUGUGAUAUAAUUUCUCUUUCAGAAAAAAAAAAAAAAGCAUAUAAACCUGAUGAAAAGUCCACCCUAACUGUUGGGAGCUUUUCCAGUUCUUGUAUCAGGUCUGAAAAUUAUUAUUAGAACCCAAAGUAUUUUAAACAGAGAAAGAGAGUCUGAUUGCAGAUGAGAGUCUAUCCAUUGAUUGUUCUGUUAUGUUCAGUAGUUCACAUAUGAACAUGGAGGAGCCUCACUGAAUAUCACCAUUGAAAUUCUAUGGGAUAUUUUUUGGGGAAAAAAAUCAAACAUAGACUGCCUUUCCAAAUCAGAGAUUCAUGAGUCAGCUAUCUUUAGGGUUUAGUUCCAAAAUAAUGAGAGAAUUUUUUUUUAAUGAAAACAUUUUUUGUGUAUUUAUCCCUUGGUUUCUGAAUUUUAACUUUCCAUUCCCGGUAUGGAAUGCUUAACAUUACUUAAUCCACAAGUGAUUUAAGUGAUUUCCCUUCCACUGAAGAUCCCCUUUUCAUAUAAUUUCCCAAAACUGCCAAAUCAGUUAUGGAUGUAAAGGGCCCACAGUAACAUUGAAUUUCACCUCAUAUUUGUCCAUACCCUCAAACCAGCAUCCAGUCCCUUAUUCUGUCCCUUUGAUUUGUCCAUUGUCUCAUCCACACUAAAAGGCAUGUGUGGCCUUCCAGAAGGGAGUGCAAGCCUCCAGAUUAAUGUUACAUUGAGUGUAUUCGUCAGUCUGAUGGUUGCAGUCUUCUAAUUCGCAUGUAGACUGAAUGUCUGCAGUGAGGUGAAGAAACAAAUAAAGAAGUAAUCAUUAGAAAGGUUAAGAUGUUAAUCCUAUUGGCCCCAUACAAUAAUAUUCCCUGUUAGAAACAAAAGGACAUUUACUUUACAGCCUGUCUCAGAUCGUGUCUGGAAUUGGAUGCCUCAGAGAGAUGGGCAAGAAAUACUGUAGAAAUAAUCUGGAUUAACCUCCUCAUCAAGUCUUUUGUUUCAGAUAUCCUCAAAAAUUGUUUUAUGUCUAAACUAUGUUUCUGUUUCUUUUAUGCAUGUUACUAUGUCAAUAUAAAAUUUUUCAAACUGUAACUGAAACUGUGAUAAACUGAUUUAUUCUUAGGUUUCAGUAAUGUCUUUUGGAUUCCAUAGGCUAAUUCAGAACUCUCAAAUGAUUAUAAAAUGUGUUUCUUUGCCUCAGUUUUAAGCAAAUUUUCUCUUCUCACUUGCAUUGUAAUUUCAAAUCCAAUCAUACUAUCAUUAUUCAGAGCAAGGUCAGAAAAAAAAAACCCUCUUAAUUAUACAGUCAAAGAUUGCUCUGAAAACUGUGUGGAGAUGAGAAAUUUUAGGCUAUUUGGCAAACUCUCACCAAUUUAGAGAAAGAAAAUCUAAUUUAAAUAGGUACAGGUGAAUCCAUUUGAUGUAAUGACCUAUAAAAUACUGUUUAGAAAGAAAUAUGAUUGUCUACACUACCCUGGGCUCAGUAAAAAGUCCUCAUUGAUUUAACGUGAGUUUGUAUGUGGGGACUGCAGUUGUAUUUUGAAAGUUAUGUACAUAUCUCUUUAGUAUAUUUCCUAAAAAUGGAUAAGUUUCAAUGUACCAGUAACUGAAUACAUCCCAAACCCUAAAAACUUCCCUUUAAACUGGCAAUUAUGUAACAAAAUAUGUAUUUUGUCAGACUUGAUAAGACCAGUGUGUUGAUUCAAGCACCUCAGGCAAAUAAGAUACACACAUAAGAAUAUGAUUACAGCUAGAGGCUGUAACUUUAUUAAUUUAAUUAACAUAAUGAUAACUGGGGAGAUGCAAAACAGCUACUUUACCCAAUAUCACUACCUAACAGGAGUGCUCCAGAGUGCUUUUACUUAAGAUAUAUCAAUCAAGUGAGUAAUAAAACUGCAAACGUCAUUUACAUUCCUCAGCAACUGAUGGCCAAAACUUUUCCCGUUUUCUUCUUGUGUCAGAGAUCAAGGUGUAGGGUGUCUCAGCCUAUGUUUAAAACUUUCCCAUAUACUGGAGCAAGUCAACCACUGACUUGGAAAACACUUGCGACUGUCUGAAAAUUUUUCCCCUGAAUCACCUUGGACCUUGUACCAUAAGGUCCUAUAUUGCAAAUCAGCAAAAACUGCAAGAAAAACAUAUUCUAAACCAGUUGCUACUAUAAGCUCCUCUGAGCCUGCUAAGAUUCUCUUGUGAAACACAAGAAAAUUUACGUUGCAGAAAAAUAAUUUCUAGAUAAAAUUGAGGACAAUCCAUACACAGUAUAACACUGUCACACAACUCAGGAAUCAAAGACUGGCUAUAACCUAGAAAUGAAGAAAGAACAAGAGACUAGACAUAUUUGUUUAGUAAAAGCUAAAACCUAAUGGUAACAUUGAGCCAUGUAAUGGUUUAGUUUGCAGAUGUAGAAAAACUGGAGUCAUGACUGAUUUUAUUUUUAUGUAAUAAGCUAUAGUUGAAGUAUCUUGUAUCACUAGCUCUAGGCUUUUUUUUUUUUUUUUUUUUUAAACGUUAAGGAUAUUCUUAUUAAGGAAGAUCUUUACAAUGUACUAUGACAAAUUUUAUUGGUUUGAAAACCCCAGGAACUAAGUUACAGAGCUUAUAAAAAUUACACUAGAAAAUGAGAGGUUUUCAGUAGAAAAUGCUGAGGCAUUGAAAGGGAACUUUCCACAUGAAAGCGCCUGUGUUUUUUUCAAUCAGGAAAGAUUUCUAUUAUUCAGUGUUUAAUUUCUGUCAAAACUGGAAAAAAAACCCCACAAUCCUGUCAUUGCCAACAGAUAGCCAUGCACUGGCAGUAUGAAAAAACAGACCUCAGAUCUUUGCUCUGAUUCAUUUGUAAAGAAGGACUUGAACUUGCAACUCUGAUAUCCCAGGGGAGCAGCACUUAACUACUGCCUCUUCUGAGGAGAGGCUCUCUAUUUUUUCCAUACAAACCCUUCGGAAAUCUCAGUUUUGGCUUGGUGAGGAGUCACCACAGGCUAAAAUAAUAAUUUACUACCAUAUUAUUCAGUGCUCAUGCCUUUGAAUGAUAUUUACCAGCAAUUUUUCUUAAAAAAUAACUGUUAUUUGCAAACUUCUUGAGUAACAAGUCUAAACUCUGAGUCAAUUGAAGUGU